AUGCAAGAAGAAGAUCUGCAGAUGGAGCUGCAGCAGUAUUCGAUUCAUUUGAAUCGAGGUAACGCACGCCCACAUGCCGAAUCCAAUCCAGUAAUCUGGUGGCACAAUCACCAACAGCAGUUUCCAAUACUGGCGUCAUCUGCCUUGGAAUCAGUCGAUAGCGAGAGACUCUUUAGCACCGCCGGAAUCAUUUUUGGAAACAAAAGAAGACAACGUUUGCUGGGAAAAACCGCCAGGCUUUUCCUCAUGAUCAACGCUAACACUAACAAAGACACAAGCAGGGCUUGCAAAGCUUGGAGUCAGAGAGAAGUUGAACGUUAUGGUUGCCAUGAGAGUUCUAACCCACCAUCCACUAGUUCCGAGCAGUCUUCAUCUGAAGAUUCCGAGGAGGAAUUCUCCGAAGAAAGCGUAGAACUCUAG